UCCGGCGGGGCGGCCCGGCAGCGGCGGCGGCAGCGGCAGAUGAAUUAUUUACCUCUGUGCCUCGCUGCGGGGCCGUGUUUGCCCAGGUGGAGUGCUGCAGUGAGAUCUCCCGGGAGCCUUCUCUUCUCCUUGUAAUUGCUUAAAGAAAGCUGGAAUUGUGCCGGGGAAUUGCUCAGGAAGAUAGUGUGCAAAAGGAAUGGAAGAGAACGCUGGACUCUCAUUCUCCAAGUGCUGCUAAGCUCAGGACUCUUGAUCCCGGAGAUGAGGACAGGAUCCCAUGGGGCAGCCGCACUUCUCCAGACCGGUCAAUCCAGCUGCUCCCGCCGAGGAGGUGGAUCACACCCCGGGUGAUGGCGGCAUGGGGGUAGAUGUUUUGGAAUCGGGUGACACCACACCCCCUACGAAGAGGAAAAGCAAGUUCUCAAGCUUUGGCAAGAUCUUCAAACCCUGGAAGUGGAGGAAAAAGAAAAGCAGCGACAAAUUUAAGGAGACUUCAGAAGUUUUAGAACGAAAGAUUUCUAUGCGAAAGCCAAGAGAGGAGCUGGUAAAAAGAGGGGUUCUGUUGGAAGAGCCUGAGCAGGAUGGUGAAGAGCCAGAGAAGCUGAACCCCCCUGCACUGAAGAAUGGCCACACAGUCCCCAUCAGUGGGCCCGGGGUCUGUGACCUGCCCAGCCAGGAGGAAGAGGCCACGAAGCCCUCCAGCCUUAGGAAGCCUGUUCCAGCAGAGGAACCAAAAAAGAGGCAGGGCUCCUCCAGCAGCCACCCUGGGCCCGAACUGGAACCACCUCAGGAGCCACAUGUUCCCAGACAGCCUCUCCUUCCUCCAAAAAGACCUCCCUCCACCUCCCAGGAGGCAAACGAGGCGCAGGCAAAGGAUCCAACGCCCGCCAGCAGCUCUGCAAGAACUGCCCCCUCCACCACAGCCCCCACUGCAGCAAAGACAGUCAAUCCCACAGCUGCCCCUUCCCCAGCCCCCAGGACUCUGCUCCCCGCUCCUGCCAGUGCCAACACUACUGCUCCCACCAGUACAACCAGCACAGCUCCUGCCAAACAGCCUCCCGUCCCCCCACCCAAACCUGUCAACAGAAAUAGCAACUCACUAAUAGCUGAACUUUCCCAAGCAAUGAACAGUGGUACCGCCUUGUCCAAGCCUUCCCCUCCUCUCCCCCCGAAGAGGGGCAUCGUGCCCAACAACACGUCAGAGGUUGUCCCCUCCAAGCCCCCCAACGACAGGACGGGGACGGCGACUCGCCCGGCGCCGAUCCCGCUGCACGUGAGCUCGGCUCACCCACCGCCCUCGCCCUCACCACCCCUGCCCACACACGUGCCCCCCGAGCCCCCACGCAUGCCCCUGCCCACCCCUACCCCCACCCUGGACCCCCCGCGCUCCCUGGACCUGCCCAGCGAGACCCCUCCUCCCCCGGAAGAGUUCAGGUCCGUGGAAGUGUCGAAGAGGACAGCGGAGCAAGGCUUUGGAGAACCCCACGUGCUGCCCCGCCUGCCCCAGAUCCCGCUGCACAUCCGGAUCCAGCAGGCUCUGAACAGCCCCCUGCCCGUCACCCCCCCUCCCGAGGGGUCCCACAGGGCUCACUCCCUGCUCUUUGAGAACGAUGGAUUCGGGGAUGACAAUGGCACCCUGGGCAGGACGAGGUCCCUGCCCGUCACCAUCGAGAUGCUCAAAGUUCCAGACGAUGAGGAAGAGGAAGAAGACGACCAGGAAGAGGAACAGAAUCUGGGUCCUCGUGUAUAUAUUGGAGAUGUGCCAUCUGUCACAGUCAUCCCCAAACUGGUACCCCAGGUCCUGCCAGAGGAGCAGGAAGGAGACGAAGGGAUGAGCGACUCUGACUCGGAGGGGCCCAUCCUGUACAAAGAUGAUGAGGAUGAGGAGGAAGAUGAAAGCCAUAACAGCACGUUGGCCAACAAGGUGAAGAGGAAAGACACGCUGGCUAUAAAGCUGGGGAACGUGACCGCGCCGCAGGAGGACAAGAUCGUCUUCCCUCGGAAGAGCAAGGAGGAGUGGAAUGAGAUCCGGCACCAGAUCGGGACAACGCUCAUCAGGCGACUGAGCCAGAGACCCACAGCAGAAGAGCUGGAGCAGAGGAACAUCCUGCAGCCAAAGAAUGAAGCUGACCGUCAAGCUGAGAAGCGCGAGAUCAAGCGCCGGCUCACCAGAAAGCUUAGCCAAAGGCCUACGGUGGCAGAGCUGCAGGCCAGGAAGAUCCUGAGGUUUAAUGAAUACGUGGAAGUAACAGAUGCUCAGGACUAUGACCGGCGAGCGGAUAAGCCGUGGACAAAGCUGACACCAGCUGACAAGGCGGCCAUCAGGAAGGAGCUGAAUGAGUUUAAGAGCUCUGAAAUGGAAGUGCAUGAGGAGAGCAAGCAGUUCACGAGGUACCAUCGACCAUAAUCUUCCAAGAAGGGAGCAAGAGACCCGAGAGGCCUGGAAGUUCUCUGCGUCCCUCUCCUAGGCAAUACAGCGAGGGUGGAACCCUGGCUCUUCCAAGAUUUGCCUUCCAACCAUGUCCAGAAAAGGGCUUUCAGCCAGGGAAAGGGGAAUCCUGUCUGAAUGUAGCAUUUCACUGGAACAAACACGUCUCUCGUGCCAUCAGGCUGGAACUGACACUAUACCUCGUGUGGCUCAGCAAUAACCCCCUGCCAGGAGACCAUGCCCAGGGGAACAGACUCCUUUUUGGGAUGCAAUUCCUCCUCUUUUCCACGAGGAAGAGGGGGGAAAAAAAGAAAAAAAGGCAGCUCUAGUGUUGGGAAGCUGAGGAGAGGAUGUGCUUGGAAGCACGUGUGUGUAUAUUAGCUGUGUACAGAGAAACCUGGCACACAACUGACAUGUCACUCGUUAUUUUUUGGGGUUUUGCUUGUUUCUGUCAUGUCCUUAAUGUCCUGAAUCACUACUGACCAACGGUUUGUUGUGCUGGAAGGGAACUGUAUAGGUAUUAACAUAUGCUGCAUCCUUUUUGUAAAAAAAAACAAACAAACACAAACAAAACCAACAAAAACCACAGGUGUAUAAAACAUUCCCUCCCCACCCUCUCACACUUGCUGUGAUGUUAAUAACAGAUCUUGAGAUAUCUAGGAUUGUUUAACAAAUUACAGAACCAGAAAAAUGACUGUUGCCUUUUAAAACUUUUUAAUUUGGGGAAAAGGUGAGAGUAGUCAAUCCUUUUUAUUGUGGCUUCCUCUCAGAUGUUUUUUACUCUCCCAAAUCAGGGUUGAAACUUGCCUUUUUUUCCUCGUUUUUACAGCUAAACCUACUGGAAACUUGAUGAAUUUCACUGUGUGGGUCGAAGGGAGUGGAGGAAGAGGUUUAAAAAGUGACCUUAAAAAGAUGAUAUUUCUCUUCUGAAAGAAGUUCUUCUGAAAUGUGGGGUUUUAAAAAAAAAAAAAAAAGAAUCUGUUAUAGGCCACUGCUGUAUUAUGCACAAAACCUAAACCAUGUGUGAGAUGCCACUUGUGAGGGAAGGGAGCGUGGGGAUGGAGAGAGGGGUUUUACCUUGUUCACAGGCAGGGUGGCAACACUCCAGCCUUGGCCUGGCACCCUCAUGUGACAUGGCGAAGGUUCUUCCCUCACAGCUCCCCCCCUGUACAGCCACCUGUAGACUUAAACCAUUGCGUUGUAUAUCAGUCUCCUCAGCAACAGAUUUUAACUAUGGAAUAAAAGUAUUUUAGGAUUUUUUUU